CAUCAUGACAUGACAAGCUCAUUUGUUUACUUGUUUUAUUGUUUCAGAUUCUAAUGCCUAAGGGAAAGAGAAAAAGUGUUCAAUGUAGUCCAGCCCAGAAUGCAGCCUCCUCAGUGGAAACUUCAGAACAAUCCAUGGUCCUUAAAAAGUCAGUUAUCAAAGGGUAUCACGCUUUUCAAAUAAGACCAUCAUCAACUACACCCCCAACACGUCUAACUGUAGAGCCUGAAUAUACAAAUAUCCAUGAUACUGAUGCCUGCUUGGUGUGGUUGCCGCCACUUGAGUCAUUCCAAACAUUGUUACAUGAUAGUGUCACUGACCAAAAACGCCAGCUACGGUUGCGAGAUGUAGCAGGACUUCCAAUUUGCCAUGUUCUACGAGGGAUAGCUGGUUUUUUUCGUACCAUUAUGGACAAAGGACAUAUCGAAGCUGAAGUUACCGGUGAGCCCACUCAGAGUUUCCCACCAUGGCCGGCUCCAAGUUCUGAAGGUGGUGGGGUUGUGUUGCCAUGCAACUAUAUUAUAUUUCACCCAGAUAUUGAGAGUAAUUUUCAAAAACUUUCUGUAAUGUUAGAUAAAAUCCCAGAAGGCCCUGCUAUGACACUGAACAAGGAAUAA